AUGCGAGGCGGCCUGGCCUGGGCCGAAGUGGAGCGGAGUUUGGCGGAAAUCCACUGGAUUUGGGUGGUGAUGUUCGGUCUGUACUUCUGCCUCGUGUACUUUGCGCUUAUGAACGUCGUUACUGCGGUGUUCUGCAGCUCAGCAGUGGAGCGGGCGAAUCAAGACCAGGAAGCCGCCAUCCAAGACGAGCUGCUAAAGGAGUCGCAGUACACGGAGAAUCUGAAGAACCUCUUUUCCACGUUGGACUCGAACCAGGACGGCAAAAUCAGCAUCGUCGAGUUCGAGGAUAAGUUUGCCGACCCGCGCAUCGAAGCUCUCUUCAGUUCGAUGGGAAUAGACGAGGACAAGGCCUGGAAGAUCUUCGAGAUCCUGGACUUAGACAGCACCGGCGACAUAUCGCCGCAGGAGUUCGUCUCGCAGGGCCUUCGCUUGAAAGGGAACGCGCUGCGCAUCGACGUGGAGAGGACGUAUGCUGCAAUCAAGCGCCAGACCUUCAUGAUGGAGGAGGGGAGAUCAGCCCACCCCUGA